AUUCGCGCUAUUGUCACGGUCGAUCCUCCUACACUUUCAACAAAAAAAACACAAAUUUUUCCCUCCUGCAGUCUGUCGGUACCAAAGGCAGGAAACAGUUGUAGGUUAGUACCAUCAUCAGUUCUGGACCGGAAGGAAUCAGCAAAAGCGUGCGCGAAAAAUCGUAAAUGACGCGACUUUUCGGCGGUACCAACGCAACAUCGCGAGAAAGAUAAGACAGAUAAAGUAAUUAAAUUGGGAAGAUAAUCGAGAUUAGUUUGGGUUGAAAAUGACGACGGUACGGUUCGGGUGCGCGACUGUUGCAGGAUUCGCUGUUUUAUGGAAUUUCCUCAUGGUUGUUCAGGCUACUGGAGGCAACAGUGCUAUGCUGUACCUCUCCCAAUACGGAUACUUAGGACCAGUGAAAGCCAAUUCUAGUCAACUUUUAGACGAAAGUAGUUUUAGGAAAGCCGUAGAAGAUUUCCAAAGUUUCGCAGGAUUAGAUGUUACAGGGGAGCUAGAUGAUAAGACUUUAGAAACAAUGACAUUGCCAAGGUGCGGUGUGAAAGACAAAGUAGGAACCGGUGACAAUAGGGCGAAAAGAUACGCUUUACAAGGUAGUAGAUGGAAAGUGAAAAACCUCAGCUACAAAGUUUCAAAGUACCCACCGAAACUCAAGCGCAAAGAUGUCGACGCAGAAGUUCAACGUGCCUUCAACGUGUGGGCAGACUAUACCGAUUUAACGUUCACUGCCAAAUCUGGCCAAGUUCACAUUGAAAUUCGGUUCGAAAGUGGCGAACAUGGAGACGGCGAUCCAUUCGAUGGGCCUGGUGGUACUUUAGCGCACGCUUAUUUCCCGGUCUUCGGCGGUGACGCCCAUUUCGAUGCCACAGAAAGCUGGUCGAUCAACAGCUACAGAGGCACGAACCUUUUCCAAGUAGCCGCGCACGAGUUCGGCCAUUCCUUGGGUCUGAGUCAUUCCGAUGUCAGAUCGGCCCUCAUGGCGCCGUUCUACAGAGGCUACGAUCCUACCUUCACCCUGGAUCAGGACGACGUCGACGGAAUUCAAGCCCUCUACGGCAAGAAAACGAAAAAGCCCACGCCGUCUUACAAUAAUGACGCUGGCGUCGACGAGAGCCAGGAUGUGCCCAAAAAAUCACCUGGACCAAAUGAAGGCGGUACCCAAGAUACUUCUCUGUGCAAAGAUCCUAAAUUUGACACGAUUUUCAACUCGGCAGAAGGUUACACAUACAUUUUCAAAGGCGACAAAUACUGGAGACUGACUGAGGAGAGCAUUGCACCAGGAUACCCAAAAUCGAUUUCCGAUGGUUGGGCCGGUUUGACUGGAAACAUCGAUGCAGCUUUUACUUACAAGAAUGGCAAGACUUAUUUCUUCAAGGGAUCAAAAUAUUGGAGGUAUAAAGGACGUAAAAUGGACGGAGACUACCCCAAAGACAUUUCCGAAGGCUUCACCAACAUUCCCAAUGAUUUAGACGCAGCAAUGGUGUGGAGUGGAAAUGGUAAAAUUUACUUUUUCAAAGGCAGUAAAUUUUGGAGGUUCGAUCCAUCUCAAAGGCCUCCAGUGAAAAGCACUUAUCCUAAACUUAUAUCAAACUGGGAAGGUAUUCCUGAUAACAUGGACGCUGCUUUCCAGUGGACAAACGGCUAUACGUAUUUCUACAAAAAUGGAGCUUAUUAUAGGUUUAAUGAUAGAGCGUUCGCUGUCGAUCAGACAACGCCAGCUUUUCCAAGAUCCACAGCUUAUUGGUGGUUCGGUUGUCAGGAUGCGCCAGCUGGAACCGUCGGAACCAGUGAGUCCAGAGGAUGGUUACAAGGUGAAGAGGGUGGUACGAUACCAUUGGACGAUCAAAACGGAUUUGACAUGGAUGCAGUUAAUCGUAUCCUUCGGGCAAUGUAUAACCGGCGUCGCUACAUUCUUCCAGAAAACUACCGGAGGGCCCCCAGCAGGCAGUGAGAAUGAUAUAAGGGUUGGUUGUGACGUCCAUGGAACCAUUUUUUUUUUGUAUAAGCGCUCAUCAUGAUUCAAAUUAUACAGACAAUCCUUUGGAGCCCAACCAUUUAAAGAGCGACAGUGCAAAAACCAAAAAUUUGUGGACGUCGAUAAUAUUAGUGACAUUAUUCACUAGAUGGAUAAUUAACGUGUAGUAGAGCUUACAAAGUCUUUAUUUCGUUUUAUAAACGAAAAAAAACUUUGACUGAGAGACUUUUUAACAAAUUAACUUUUUCGUUCUGUUUUUCGGAAAUCAAAAAUAUUUAUAGUAUGUUCUCUUUCUAGUUAAUUUUGAUUUUAUUGUGAUAUAUAUAUCGGUUUUCAAAAAAAAUUGUUUCCGAAAUGAUUUACUUACUGUAUAUACAAUAUAUAUUUUGAAAUCCCUUUAAUAUGCAUUUAUUUUUAUUGUAGGUUAUUAAUUAUAUUUUAGAAGCCUUAUUAUUUGUUUAAUUUUAGUGUGCAUGGAUGUCAAUUGUGAAGAUAACCGAAUAUAGAACUUUCUAUUUGAAUAUAUUUUUCUAAGAAAUAUUUUUAUAUGGCAGUAAAGCAGCUAAAAAAUUUGUUUCAAUUUCUCUAAAUUGUAUUUAUUAUUUUGUUAACUUAAUAAGCCAAGGUCAAAAACCAAAAAUUAUUUGUUAAUAAAAAAAUUGACAGUUUAAAAUUAGGGUACUCAGUUCAAUUAUUGAUUAAUGAUUGCCACAUAAUUUUUAGUUUUAAGAUAUUUUAUACAAGGAAAUUUUGAAAAAUAAAUCAUUAUUU